GCGGCGGCUCUGGCUGAAGCUGAGGCGGCGACUGCGGCGGUGUGCGCUCUCCGCCGGGCUGCUGUUCAGCGCUUCAUGGAGCCAGAGAGGGAGAGGACUGGGAGGGCCCCCAAGAGGGGCAAGAAGAGGAGGCGCGUCGCGAACCAGCUGGUCGGGGCGGCUGAGGCGAUGAGAGCCCGGUGGGAUCUUGAGGAGAGACAGCAGCCCGAGGCCAAGAAAGCUCGCUUAUCUACCAUUUUAUUUGCUGAAAACUGUGAAAUAACCCAUGGCCAGUUAUGUGAAUUGCUGAAGUAUGCAGUUCUAGGCAAAUCCAGUGUUCCUAAACCCAGCUGGUGCCAGCUUUUUCACCAAAACCACCUGAACAACGUGGUGGUUUUUAUACUGCAGGGGAUGAGUCAGCUACACUUUUACAGGUUCUAUUUGGAAUUUGGAUUUCUCCGAAAGGCAUUCAGACAUAAAUUCCGAUUGCCUCCCCCAUCAUCUGAUUUCCUAGCUGAUAUCAUUGGGCUGCAAAGGAAAAAGAAAAUUGGGGAUCUGUCCAAAACAAUGGAAGAAGCGUCUUUACCUUCUGUGAGCUCAAAAGUCAGCAUCAGCCCACAGAAUGACCCCAUCAUUCAAAAGUAUGGCUCUAAGAAAGUGGGCUUGACCAGAUGCCUUCUUACAAAGGAGGAAAUGAAAGCGUACCACUUUCCAUUACAAGGUUUUCCUGACUGUGAGAACUUUGUUCCUACCAAAUGUAAUGGUUCUAUAACAGACAAUAGUCCUCUCUUUGGGCUUGAUUGUGAAAUGUGCCUCACAUCCAAGGGGAGAGAACUAACACGCAUCUCACUGGUUGCUGAAGGAGGCUGCUGUGUUAUGGAUGAACUUGUUAAACCUGAUAACAAGAUUGUAGACUACCUCACCAGUUUCUCAGGAAUCACAAAGAAGAUUCUUAACCCAGUGACAACCAAGCUCAAAGAUGUACAGAGACAGUUAAAAGCAUUACUUCCUCCUGAUGCUGUGUUAGUGGGUCACUCCUUAGACUUAGAUCUCAGAGCACUGAAAAUGAUACAUCCGUAUGUUAUUGAUACAUCAUUGCUUUAUGUCAGAGAGCAGGGCAGAAGAUUUAAGCUCAAAUUCUUAGCCAAAACUAUUUUGGGGAAGGAUAUACAGUGUCCAGAUAGGCUUGGUCAUGAUGCCAUAGAAGAUGCUAGAACAACCCUUGAAUUGGCCCGGUAUUUCCUCAAGUAUGGCCCAAAGAAGAUUGCAGAACUAAAUCUGGAAACAGUAGCUAGUCACCAGGAACUACAAGCAGCAGGCCAAGAGCCAAGAAAUACGGCAGAAGUAGUUCAGCAACUAAAUGCGGGUGUUUUAGAAUGCUUGGACUCAUUGGGCCAGAAGCUCCUUUUCUUGACCAGGGAGGCAGAUGCUAGUGAACUUUCAUCUUCUAAAACCUGUCAAACUAUUAAGUGCCUUUCAAAUAAAGAGGUUCUUGAGCAGGCUAGAGUGGAAAUACCCCUGUUUCCCUUCAGCAUCGUGCAGUUCUCUUUUGAACCCUUUUCACCCAACCUCACUGAGGAGAUGAACAAAAGGAUGCAAAUCAAGUGGACAGAGAUGUCAACUGUCUAUGCUGGGCCAUUUAGCAAAAAUUGUAACCUGAGAGCUCUGAAGAAGCUGUUUAAGAGUUUUGGUCCAGUCCGGUCGAUGACUCUUGUUCUUGAAACCCAUCAGCCACAUCUCUGUAUACAAUAUGAAGUCCUGGAAGCUGCUCAGCUGGCCAUAGAAUCUUUGGAUGGCAUCCUGGUAGAAGGUGCCUGCAUCAAGGUGCAGAGGCCUGUGACAGAGCUUACCCUUGAUUGUGACACCCUUGUGAAUGAGUUAGAACAUGAUUCUGAGAACCGAGGUACUAUAUACCUGUCUGGAGUGAGGGAAACUUUCAAAGAACACCUGUUGCAGCGGUCCAGCCUCUUCCUGGGCCUGGAAGCUGUGAUCCUGCCUAAAGAUCUUAAAAGUGGAAAGCAGAAAAAAUACUGUUUCUUGAGAUUCAAAACUUUUGGCAGGGCCCAGAGAGCCCUCGACAUCCUCACAGGCAAGGACUGGAAGCUGAAAGGCAGGCAUGCCCUAACCCCCAGGCAUCUCCAAGCAUGGCUCAGGGGCUUACCUCCCGAAUCAAGAAGGCCCCCAGGGCUUCGUGUCAUACCUCCCCCCUCGGAGCAGGAGGCCUUGCAGAUGUUGAAGGUGGACCAUCCAAAGAUAGCAGCCUGGCGCUGGGGCCGAAAGAUAGGAAAGCUCUACCACAGCUUGUGCCCAGGCACCCUUUGCCUCAUCCUGCUGCCAGGAACCAAGAGCACUCAUGGAUCACUGUCUGGCCUAGGACUGAUGGGAAUAAAAGAUGAAGAGGAAAGCUCCACCCCAAACAUGUGUUCGUGAGUCUGCCUACCACUUACCAUGUGCCAUGUCUUAUCCCUCAUGGGCAAUGGCAGAGAAUGUGGUUGGGCUGCUGGCACUCCAGAGGCUGCCAGACUCCUUUAUAUAGUAGACAGCUUUUUUGGAAACUUUGUAUCAGCUGUACCAGCUAAGGAGUCUAGUGUAUUUAUGUGGCAUGUAUAAAUUUUCAAUAAAUGCCUAAAAUUCAAA